AUCCAUUCUGCGUCCUCAGUAGAUAAUCAGGCCGCGGGUGUAUGGAUAGUUCAUUGAAUUCUGUACCUCACAGUGGUUUUUAUCUGGCCGUCAAGUGGAAGAAUCAGGAGGAAGGGGAAUUACAGAAAAAAUGACCAGAAGAUCACGAAACAAGCAGAGGUGGACAAAACAUAACUCGAACCAAGUGUCAAGGGUCGAAGUGACAAAGUGCCUUUGAGCUUGGCUCCCUCCCCCGCCCCGCCCUGAGCUGCUGCACGAAAGCCACCCCCUCUCCCCUCAGCCGUGUUUCCUCAUCUGCAAACUCACACCCGCCCCGGGCCCACCGUCCAGCCCUGUGUCCGUGCGUCCCCCCGGAACCACACAAGGGAGGAAGCCUAGCUUCCUUCUUUCAUUUUCCAUUUCUUGACACUCGCCUUCCUGGACAAGUCCUGCGCUUAGAAAGAGGUCUGUGGUCAAGCAGAACUAAGCAGAGGUUAGAGAACAGCAGCCUGGCCUCAGCCCUGUCCUGCAAACAGCACCGGCCGCCAAGGACGGGCCUCCUCGGGCACUGGGGCUGUCCCUGCCAUCAGCGACAGGUCUGGUGAGACCUGAUUAGAUCCAAAGAGGAGACACGGACACCGUGGCGGGGUGGCAUGCGUGCCGCGGGUUUAGACUCCUCCCCCCGGUGCCACGGGAGCUCGGUGGUAGAAGCAGGUGAUCCUGGCGAAGGAUCUGCCAACCCAAAUGCCUAGAGGCCACGCGGGGAUGGCAUUGAAGCAGCGCAAAACGGCAAAUGUGCAGCGAGCAUCCGGGUAUGUCUGGCGUCGGUCCUAAGUGCUGGCAUAGGAAGGUGGAUAAUGCCAGAAGUCAGGUGGGUGGGGCGGAGAGGAGGGGCCUGGGAACAGACCCCCGUGGGGGCGGGGGCAAGGGGUCAUUGGCUGAGGGUUCCUCGGUCGCUCAGUGGCAGGUUUUCCUUCCAGAAGCCCAAGGCAUUAAGGGCUGGGGCCAGAAGGACCUGGAACGUCAGAUCUGAGGUUCCUACUUGAGGGGGUGGGACGGGCCCUGUGCUUGUGUGUGUCCAUCCUGAGUGGCUUUGAAGUGGAGACUUUCAGUUUUCCUUUCAGUCCCAUAUAUAUUUGGGCCCGGAGUUGUGUGUUCAUUACACACACCGCAGGUGACUGGGUCCACACGGCUAAAGAAAAGCCGGGCGGUGUUCAGCUCAGAAGAUGAUUCCUUGGACAGCAGGACUGUGACCUGGCUUGGGAACAAGCUGGAGUGAGGUGAGGAACCUUCCUUAAAUAGCAGCCAGUAGAGGCCAGGAGACAGACGGACAUCAGGGUGAAGCGACCCCUCCUUCCGACUGGGACGCAGACGCCAGCUGGGGGGAAAAGUCUGAGAUCCCACUGCUGGCACCAUACCCAAGAAGCCUGUGGGCUCUACCCAGGAAGAAGAAAAAACAAAACAACUCAUCACUUUUUUCUUUUCUUUCCCCAUCCAGAGAGCGAUAUGGAGGAUAUCAUUGAGUAUUUCCAGGACUCAGUGAGCUGGGAUGACCUACAUCUCCUGCUGACUGACCAUGAAGCCUGGGAGAGCUUCAUGGCUGAGGCCAACUUGUCCAGGGAGGAGGCAGAUGUGCUACACGCAGGUCUGUGUGAGCUGGAGGCAGACCUGUGUAUGGAGGGCAGAGAGAGGAUCCAAAGAGACCACCUGGAGGAGAGGUUUUUGAACGAGUAUCCCCGGUUGAAACGGGAGCUUAAGGGGCAAAUACGAAAGCUCCACAAGCUGGCGGACAAGGUUGACAAGGUACACAGGGGCUGCACCAUCUCCAACAUCGUGGCCAGCUCCACCGGCACGAUGUCUGGGGUCCUGACCAUCCUGGGCUUGAGUCUGGCACCUGUGGCAUCAGGGAUCAGUCUGUCACUCUUGGCAACGGGGGUGGGGCUGCGAACAGCAUCUGCUGUGACCACUGUGUCCAGCAGCAUCGUGGAGUACUCGAGCACGUUGUCCGCGGAAGCCAAAGCCCGUCGCCUGGCACCAGCUGGCGAUAACAGAGGGGAGACCAUUGCAAAGGCUCUGUGUCAGAACACACCCCGAAUGUUUUCUGUAACAAACAGCUUCGUGCGAGUCCUGCGAAACAUUGGAAAGAAUGUUCGUGCCAUCAGGCUGGCCAAAGCCAGUCCUCACUUAGCAGCCCAUGCCAAGAGGUUCAUGACAGCUGGGAGAGCCUCAGUUCGAAGUGACAAGCGGGUGAAGAAAGUUUUUGGAGGCACUGUUCUGGCAAUGAUCAGAGGAGCCCGGAUCAUGGACGUGGGCACCGUGAUCACCUCCCUUCUGGUGGAUGUGGCCAACCUUGUGGAAGAGUCAAAGCACCUGCAUCAGGGGGCAAAGGCAGAGUCGGCUGAAAGGCUGAGACAGCAGGCCCAGUUGCUAGAGAGCAAGUUGAAGGAGCUCAACCGGAUGUAUGCAAGUCUAAAGUAGGGCCCGGCCCCGUGACCUCCAAACAGGGCAGGGAGCAGGGUCAUGUGCGGGACAAAGGCAUGGAGGUACCUCAUGAGAGGGGAAGAGGGGGCCAAAUAAAGUUUUUGAGGGGCGCUUGGGUGGCUCAGUCAGUUACGCAUCUGACUCUUGGUUUCAGCCCAGGUCACCAUCCCACAGCCCGUGGGUUCGAUCCCUGACAGCGCGUUGGGGCUCCUCAAUGACAGCAGAGGCUGCUUGGGAUUCUCUCUCUCUCUCCCUCUCUCUGCCCCUGCCCUGCUCACUCUCUCUCUCUCUCUCUCUCUCUCUCUCUC